AGCACCACUGCUGAGCCUAAUUUUUGUCUGGCAAGAAACUUGGUAAAGCAGUUGAACUGGACCUGCUCAGCUGAAUUCGACUCAGUCUGUCAGCCUGGGGCCAGUCAGAAUAUGGCCCUGCAGAUAAUGAUGCAUUGCUGGGCAGACAGUCUGAAAUCCAGGUUGGAGGAUCUGCUGACACCACCUGCGGCUUCAGUGUUGGAGCAGGUGGUCAGCACUACUGUGGUGAUCCUCUUGGCUCUGGAGGAAGUCCAGAACACCUCGCUGCACGUCACAGAGAACAUAAGACUCGGUGUAUUAACAUCCGUAGCUCAUUAUCUUGAGAGUGAAAACAACUUCAACAACAAGAAGGUCUUGCUGCAGUGCUUUGGGCGAGUACUAACCAGCUUGAUGCAAACAGCAAGAGAUGUGACCUCUGAUGAAUUCUAUGUCAUUAAGGAGUACUUCAAUAUACCAGUGAGCAGCCUGAGGUCGGUGCUCAGUGCAGCUCACAUCACCACCAUCAGACUGAUCCUUCAGUACUAUAGUAGAAACAAGGAUACACUGCAGUUACCUGAUAAGUAUCUGUCCACCAUGGUGUCGGUGCUGUUCCAGACCCACCUGGUACAAGAUGGUAGUCUCUUCCCUGAGUUGGCUCCCCUGCUGGCCUCAGCUGGCACAGCUGACAUCCUAGCUUUGCCCUCGCUGCAGAACAACAUAAUUGUGAAGGAGACCAUUAACAGAAACCUGGAACUUUUGACUCUGGACCAGCGGCAGGCAUUUGGCUUGUGGUACAGCAAAGUUCUGCCGCCGUCCAACAUCAUCGCAGCUCCUCAGUCACUUAUCAGGGACACCGGAAACCUGAUCGCCUACCUGCCCUUCUACAACUUCCAACACCUCACAUCUGCUCAGCUCUUGGACGGACUAGGAGUGUUGCAGAGAAACACCCUUACUCCUUUAAAACAGGAAUUCAUAGCUCAGAGCAUCAUUGGCACCUACAGAAACCUGACAGCUCAGGAUUUUACCAGGCUGGGUAAUCUCUCAUGCCUGGCAGACCCAAACGACCUCCUUGCAUACAAAGGUACUGAAGCCUUCCGUGUCAUUCGGGACAUUGUUAUGAACUGCACGCAUGACGGACUCAGUCUGCCCAGCUAUCUGACUUCCAAUUUGUUACUGAACAGCACAGAAUUACAGGUCCCCUCCUUGCUUAGCCCUGAUCGACUGGCAGAGCUCGCCCCCUUCCUGCCCUCGCUAGGUGUAACUUUCCUGCAGGGUCUCUCACCGUCGCAGCUGCUCGCUGUCCUCCCUGCCCUGAAGUCUGUGUCCUUCAGCCCUGCACAGGCUUCCAUAAUUAUAGACAAGCUGUCUUCAGUUACAACACUAACCGCUCCAGGCCAGCUGCAGGAGUUUGGCUCCCUCGCUGUGGGAAUAAGGGCAGAGACCUUGUUGAGCCUCACCCCUGACAUACUUCUAUCAUCCCUGCCCGCCAUGGCCCAACACACACCAGGCUUCAGCCCAACACAAGCCAAUGCUAUCGCCACCAAACUAUGGGACUUCCCAGACGUGGUCAGUUGGUUGGGUGAUGUGGAGCCUUUGCUCUGUUGUACACCCCUAGUCAGUAUCCUGCCCAGGAUUCAUCUUCUUGUGAACAGCAUCACCAGUACAUCCACAAAACACUGGAACACACAGCAGGCUAAAGCAAUUUUCAGAGAGGUGAUUAAUUUGAAGCCAAAACUAAUCAAACAAAGUUUUCUGAGUCUGGGAACACUGGGUCAGGGGGUGAGCUGCAAGGCCUUACAAGACCAUUUUCAGGUUGAUCACUCACAUUCUGCAGUGAGAACAAUCCUGGCCUUCCUCAACCAUCAGCCUGGUCUUCUUCACACCUCGCUGAAAACGUGUGUGAUUGAGACGCUGUAUCAAUUUGAUUUCUUCCCUGAACUGCUUAAAGAUUUUGGAGCUGAGAUUGCCCUGUCCAUGCCGGUGAGGACCAUUAAGAAGUUUACCACAGAUAUGAUGGGCACUCUAAGGAAGAUGAUUAUUCAGAACCCUCAGCACUUUCUCUUGUUGUCUAGAACAAAACGGGAGCUGCUGGUGGACAAAAUAAUACAGAGGCUGUCCAGUCAAAAACUGGAACCAGACAACACUCAAUCAGGUGGACCGGUUUCUUUUCUUUCUGCCUACCAACAAACUGCAGGAGAUUUCCAUGGCGCUGAUGACUGUGGGGCGUAUAGAGAAGCUGUUUAUGAGUCAGCGUCAGUGGGAACGUGGGGAUGUGGGGACCCAUUGUUUGGAGAAGAGUGAGAAGAGGACAUUAUUUGAAAAGCAGCAAUUUGUUCUCCAGUUUUUCCUGGGCUUCCUCAAAAUAAAUCUUCAGUCAUGUGAGCAUCACUUUGGCUUUGGAAAUUUCUAAAAUAACUAACAGAACUCCAAAGGAAAAAAAAAAAACGCCAUAUAUCUUCUGAUAGCCAAGGCAAUUACAGGAGAGCCUUUAACCAAAUAGAAUGUUAUUAAAGGAAUAGUCUGAGAUGUUAGGAAAUAUACACAUUUGCUCUCUUGCUGAGAGUUUAUUCAGAAGUUUGAUACCACUCUCAUAUGUCCUUUCAGUACAAGUCUGCAGCCAGGUAGCUUAAUAUUAUCUCCAGCUCAGUUCUCACUGUACAGUAAUUGGCAAAGAAACAUUUCCAUAUUAAUUGCAAUAAGUGCUAUACAUAAGACUGACAGCACAUAGCACAUUUGAAAUAUGCUCAGUAAUAUACUCCUUAAGUACCCCAAACUUGACUGGGAACCAUAAAACCAUUGGUAUUUUUUAAUUGUAUAUAUGUUUG